AUGGAGAAUAUUUUUGAGUAUAAAAAUUAUAUAAAUUUAGUUAUUGUCUGGUUAGAAACAAUUGUCAUUGUGAAAUAGAUAUUGAUAAAACUGAGAAGUUACAUUCCAAUUGUAAAAGUUAUAACUAAGAAAAUCAAAAUUUAUUUAAAUGUUCUCUCACAUAUUAUUGA